UGGAGGACAGGAGGGGACCCAGUUCUGGGGCAUUCCCAGGGUUUACGGUGGGCGUAAGGAGGGGUCCUCAGAAGGUUUAGGGUAGAGAGGAGUCCUGAUUUUGAAGUUACCCCACAGGGUCGGGGUGGGGUGAGAGAAGAGGCUGCAGUUCUUCCAGGAGUGUUCCUGGAAGAACUGAGAGAUUGGAGGGCCCAGGGUGAGGAAAGGUCCCAGAUCUGAGGGUCUGUGAGGGUAGGGGUGAUGGAGAGGCUCCCCCUGGUUCUGUGGUGUCCCCAGCGAGGGUGUUACUGAGGGCAGGGCUGCCCCAGUGGAGCUGUGGCCCCAGGCUCCGAUCACAAUUUGGGGUUGGGGGUUACAGGGCAGGUUUCCCUGCACGAGGGGCCCUUGCCGAGCCUGUGGCCAGAGGUCUGUGGCACUGAUGUCCUCACUGGCUGCCCCUCAGAUGGCUUCGGCAGCAUGAGUAUGUGGAGAAGCUGAACAUGCACGGCAUCCUGAGUGCCUCAGCAGGCCAGGAGCAGCUCCUCACCGAGCUGCUGGUCACCCAUGCCAAGAUUCCUGUUCUCAUUGGGGAGCUGAUCUCUGUGGAGAUCUGGAAGCACAAGAUCUUUCCUGUGCUGUGCCGGCUGGAGGACUUCAAGCCAAGAAGCACCUUCCCCAUCUACGUGGUGCUGCACCAUGAAGCCUCCAUCAUCAACCUCCUGGAGACAGUGUUCUUUUACAAGGAGAUCUGCGAGUCAGCAGAGGACAGCAUUCUGGAUUUGAUUGAUUAUUGCCACCGCAAGCUGAUCCUGCUGGCAGCUCGGAGCACCAAGGCACAAGCAGUGACCUCAGCGGAGCUUCGUGCUGAGCAUCUGGCCAGCCCCUCAUCCAUGCAGGAGCUGCAGAAGCAGGCAGAGAUGAUGGAGUUUGAGAUUUCCCUGAAGGCCCUGUCUGUGCUACGGUUCAUCACUGACCAGGUGGACAGUCUGCCCCUGGGUGCACUGACACGGAUGCUGAACACCCACAACCUGCCCUGCCUCUUUGUUGAGCUGGUGGAGCAUUGCCCCUGGAGCUGCUGGGAAGCAGGCAAGCUCAAGAAGUUUGAGAAUGGCACAUGGCAUGUGGUGCCCCCUGAGGACCAGGUGAAGAUGACCAAACUCGAUGGGCAGGUGUGGCUUGCCCUGCUCAACCUCCUGCUCAGUCCCGAGUGCCAGCGCAAAUACCGCUUCGAUGGCUUCAACAGGAGCCAGCUCCUCAAGCUCCGUGCAUUCCUGACAGAUGUCCUCAUUGACCAGCUGCCCAACCUGGUGGAGAUGCAGAGAUUUCUGAGUUACCUCGCAGUGACAGAGCCUGCUCCCCCCAAAAAGGAUCUCAUCCUGGAGCAGCUGAGGGGAGAAACUGAGUGUGGGGGCAGAUCUGCAGAGGCUGCUGAGGAGAACUGGGAGUACAGAGGCUCUUCCCCACUGCCAGAGGCUCCCACACCGCUUCCUGGAGGAGAUGUGUAUGUUGGGCAGUGGCUGGCUGGGCUGUCCCCAGUGGGAGCAUGCUGUCCCCAUUGCAGCUGGCUGUGUGGCCUGGGAGGAGAGUGAUGUUCCCUGUCAGAGGUGGCUGUGGCUGAGCUGGGGGCAUGGUCCAGGCUAGGAGCUGGAGCUGGGGAAGCUGCAGACUGGCAAGCUGAGGUGUUGGGGCUGGGGAUGGCAGCAGGGCGGAGGUGGACAUGGAUUCAUGCCACGUGCCUUGACUGCCAGUGUGUUGGUGGCUCAGUGACAGCCAGCUGCCUCGCUGGGGACCUGCUCCAGCCCUCACCCAGGCUGCUGCCCUUCUCCGUAACUCUGCUUUUGUGCCUGUGCUGCUCCUGCCCCUGCCAAGGGCUGGGGGUGAGCACGGGGAGCCAGCAGGAAGCACAGACAUGGGCUCCCUGCUCUGCCCAGAGAGUGGUGAACUCACUCCUUGUUGUUGAGCCAAGCUAAGGAAAGGCCUUUUUCCAUUUGGCUGCUCCCAGAGCAGCCUCCUCCCCUUCCUUGGCUAUUUUUACUCUGCUGGAGAAGGCAGCGCUGUUUGAAGCGGCAUCAUCCACUCCAGAGCCUGAGUUCGGCGCACUGCUCUUGGCCGGGACAUUUCCUUUUGCGCUGGCCGGCCCUUCCCCGGGUGUUCAUCUUCAGGGACGUGACGAGCGGAAAAAUCUGCUCAGACAAACGGCUCUGGAGCGUGGGGUUCACACCACUGCCACACGCAGGGUGCUGAGGUCCCAGGGCUUUCUUUUCAGCAGCCCAGGCCUCAAGGCUGAAUACUCAUUCCCAACUGGACACCAAAGGUCUUGCCUUGUUUCACCUCAAUGCCCACUGGAAAGUGGAUCCUUCCCCUUCCCUUCCCCUCCUGCUUCCAAAAGCACACCCUGACACCGUCUGCACCUCUGCCUGCCCUCCUGGAGGGCCAUGCUUCUUGUGCCCAGGGCUGGCUGCCUUCUCCCCAAACCACAGCACCUUUUUUAGGCUGUUAGCACCUCUUCCCCGGCCCUGCCUCUCC